CAUUUCAUCUUGAGCUGUCCGUGUUCAUGUCGAGAGCUCCGUGGUAACGAUGUCUUCGUUUAGUAUAAACUUGUUAUUGUGUUCAGUUUUGUGUAUUUUAGUGAAUACGAGUACACAGCAAUCAGUACAUAGACGAUUUGAAUAUAAAUAUUCGUUCAAGCCGCCGUACUUAGCGCAAAAAGAUGGUUCGGUGCCGUUUUGGGAGUAUGGAGGAAACGCAAUAGCGUCCGGCGAAAGCGUCCGACUCGCACCGUCACUGCGCAGCCAGAAGGGUGCGAUAUGGACGAAGCAGCCGAUCAACUUCGACUGGUGGGAAGUGGACGUGAUGUUCAAGAUCACGGGUAGAGGCAGGAUAGGGGCUGACGGUUUGGCGUUCUGGUACACAAGCCAGCGUGGCGACUACACGGGAGACGUGUUCGGUUCGUCAGACCGCUGGAACGGUCUGGGCGUCAUAUUCGACUCGUUCGACAAUGACAACAAGCACAACAACCCCUACAUCAUGGCCAUGAUCAAUGAUGGCACGAAGAACUUUGACCAUAAGAGUGACGGCUCAACACAACUUCUAUCAGGGUGUCUACGAGACUUCCGUAACAAGCCGUUCCCAACUCGCGCCAGGAUAGAGUACUAUCAGAACACGCUCACCGUGUACUUCCAUAAUGGUCUGACAAACAACGAAGCGGACUACGAGCUAUGUUUCCGCGCCGAGAACGUGGUGUUGCCCCGAGGGGGAUACUUCGGUCUGUCAGCCGCGACCGGCGGUCUGGCUGACGACCACGACGUGAUACACUUGCUGACCAGCUCGCUGCACAGCGACCAGCAGACCGGAGGUCAACAAAUAAGCAGCGACGACCAACAGAAGCUGUCGCAGGAGUACCAAGAGUAUCAGCGCAAGCUCGAACAGCAGAAGGAGGAGUAUAGGAAGGAACAUCCCGGAGAGCUUCGGGACAAGGACGAGAUGGACGACUGGUUCGAGUCGGACGGUCAGAGAGAGUUGAGGCAGAUCUUCCAGAGUCUCUCUCAUAUACAGGACGUCACUAGAGACCUGCAUAAGAAAGUUGACGAGGUGAUCGGCAAGCAAAUGAACUCGCUGUCAAUGUUAACAGCAGUGUACAGCCAAGCGCAGGGACAGCCGAUGGCCGCGCCCGGUCAGCAAGUGCAGAUGCCCGCGUUCCCGAUAACCCGACACGACUGGGACGUGUUCGUGAACAACAACCAGAUGACCAUACAGACCAUAUCCGAGCUCAAGGCAUUCAUAAUCGAAGUGAACCGCAAAUCGGACGCGUUGCUAGCGGGAGGGGGGGCGGUGGCUGCGGGGGGAGGGGGGGCGGCCAUCAACCCGCAGUUUCUGAACGAAUUGCGGGAUAAUGUUAACAGUGUGAAGGCUAAUUUGGCGGGAGUUGCUCAGAGAUUAUCAUCGCCCCAAGCCCCGACCAGCCCGGGGUCUUGUCCCACAGUGUCGUGUGUGGGGACGGGCAUGUUGCUGACCGUGGUCGCGGGGCAGUUGGUCGUGUUGUUCCUGUAUCAAAUGUAUAAAGAAAGGAAAGAAGCACAAGCGAAAAAAUUCUUCUAAGUGAGUGAGUGAGAGAACUGCUGGUUGUAAACAGAGUGAUUUUAUAUAUUUUUGUUAUUUUUUGUCACAAAAAUUUGGAUUGUAUUAAAGAAAAAUUUGGAACAUCUUGAAAAUUUUUUGUUUUGCCGUUUUGUAAGAUAAUGUAUGGUCCUGUGUUUGUUAGUUGUAUGGUGUAAUAUAAAUCUUAUAAUAAAUAUUAUAAAACUCUU